AUGUUUUUCAAAGGCUGUAAAAUGAUAAACAAAGUAGAUGUAUUUCUGGCCGGCGCCAUCGUUGCCAUUUUAUGUGUUAUGCUGUCAGAGGCGGUCGAAACGCCAACAACACUCGAAGGAAAGAAAGAGGAUGAGAUGGAGAACACACACAAAACAGAUAGCCUUAGUAUGCUGAUACUAAUCACGCUCUUGAUUAUCAAUGUGCUUAUGAUCUGGCUUUUCAAGAUCCGUCGAUUCGAGAUUUUUCACGAAACUGGAGUUGCGAUGAUUCUAGGAGUUGUAGUCGGUGCCAUCAUUAAAUACUCCGAGAGCCGUGGGGAGAAGAAACCGCUGGCUGUCAAGCUUAAAAAUUGCGGGAACAUCACCAUAGCACCUAAAAACGUCUUUGUCAACAUCAAUGGCACCGAAUACUCCUACACCCUGACGGGCAUUCGCUUCCCUCCCCACACCUCCCCGCCGGACGAAGGAAACGAAAUCGAAUCUAAAUCCUCCUUCAAUCCGGAGAUCUUUUUCUACGUUCUCCUACCGCCUAUCAUCUUCUAUGCAGGGUACAGUUUUCAGAAACGUUACUUCUUUCGUAAUUUAGGUGCCAUUAUGACCUACGCAUUUUUUGGUACAACUAUUUCCUGUAUCGUCACUGGCUCGAUGGUGUUCGGAUUCAACGUCUGGACUGGAGUAACCGAAGAUUUUGAUUACGCUGAAUGUUUGCUCUUCGGUGCGUUGAUUUCGGCAACCGAUCCAGUAACCGUAUUGGCCAUCUUUCAUGAUCUUCAUGCUGACUUGGAUAUGUAUGCGCUGGUUUUCGGAGAAAGCGUUCUUAACGACGCUGUUGCGAUCGUUCUUUACAGAGCUAUAGAAACGUAUUUAGCCUACAACCAAAGCGACUUACGAGAUUUCGAUUUGUUUUCGUUUUUGAAAGCCAUAGCAGAUUUUGUAGCCAUUUUCGUCGGUUCUUUCACUAUAGGUUGCGGUAUGUCGUUUGUGAAUGCAUUAGUCACGAAGCUCACCAAGAUAGGAAGCUUUCCCAUCUUGGAGACGGCCUUAUUUUUUCUAAUGUCGUAUUGUACUUUUCUAGCAGCUGAACUCUCCAAUUGGUCCGGUAUAGUAGCUGUGCUUUUCUGCGGAAUAACGCAACAGCAUUACACGUACAAAAACCUCACUGAGGAAUCUCGAAUGCGUACUACUCAAACUUUCGAGCUUCUCAAUUUCUUAGCAGAGACUUUUAUCUUUUCAUACAUUGGUUUGUCUGUGUUUGCUUUUACAAAUCAUCAGUGGAACGUAGGAUUCAUCGGCUGGUCAUUCAUGGCCAUACAAGUUGGAAGGGCUCUCAACAUCUACCCAUUGUCGCUGUUUUUAAACUUUGGGAGGACGCGGAAGAUUCCACUUAACGUGCAGCAUAUGAUGUUUUUCUCUGGCUUACGCGGUGCAAUUGCCUUUGCGUUAGCGGUCAGGAACACAGUAUCAAUUCCGCGACAAAUGAUGCUGACAACAACUCUCAUCAUUGUCAUCGUGUCCGUGAUUUUCUUUGGGGGCGUUACUAUGCCUGUGCUUUCGUGUUUGAAAAUCAAAACAGGUAUUGAUGAACACGAGGAGGAAAAGAAAGCUCGUAGAUUGAGUCUAAUUGAUGUCAAUGAUCCCUCGGCAAGCACCCCACAAGAAAGAAUUGAGAAAAGACAGUAUGAGAAGUCGUGGCUUGUCAGAGUUUGGUCUCGUUUUGACGAGAAGUACCUAACGCCUAUCUUUGUCGAAGAAAGUCAAAUAGAACCUCCUUCAAGUAUGGAUUAA